AUCAGCCAUUUUGUUAGAGGUGUUGACAUUCAACCGCUGAGUUCGGCGAACUAGUUGAUAUGGGCUCCAGUAUAAUUUUAAUGUCAACUGGAACUUGGUUUAUUUAAGGUAUUCGGUAUAAACCAUUGUUAAGCAGCUUUUGUACGCGAUUUCCUACAAAGCAUCCUAUAUUAAACGAACUAUUAUUUUCCUCAUAUUUGCGUAGAAUUUUCGGACGCGAUAACAAGUAGCUAAUAACGUUAGCUCUGGGAAAAUGGCGGCGAACGCGGCACAGCAAGCCCCGACACCAAACUGGCCGUAUGGUAGUAAUUCAAGCGGAGAAGGGCAAGUACAUGAGAACCCAGAAUGGGAAAAAGCCCGACAGGCUCUAGCCUCCAUUAGUAAAAGUCAGAACUCUACCAAAACUUCACCAACCAAUCGCACCCCCCAACAGGCCGGACCUUAUCAGUCAACAGACUCUUCUGCAAUGCAGCAACAACAGCAGCAAUACUAUCAACAGUGGUAUCAACAGAACCAACAACAGUAUGCUGGUUACCCAUAUCCAUAUAACUACUACUACCCCAUGCCUCCGUAUGGAGGACCAUAUCCUCCAGGACAGUAUGGUGUUCAAGGAGGCUACCAGACACCCACUAAACCCACUGGACAGGCCCCUGCUAUGCCUAUGAUGGAAGAUCAGUCCUCCAGCUAUUCCUCCCAGCCCCCUCCUGCAACGGAUGCUAAGAAACCUAACAAUAGCAAUAUGAACAAAGGUGGCCAGCAGCUGUGGCAACGCAUGAAACAGGCUCCUGGAUCCAGUGCUGUCAAAUUUAAUGUACAAAAACGCCCAUACGUCAUGGCCAAUCAAAACUUUACUCCAGGUGAUCAGGCCCCUGGAUUGGCUUCCCCCACUGCGACAAACCCAUCGCCUGGGUCUGUUGCUGCAACCUCUACCACUUCCACAGGAAGUGCCCAAACUCGGCCUCAGGACUGGCCACAGGCCAUGAAAGAGUAUGUACAGCGCUGCUUUACAGCCUGUGAAUCUGAAGAGGAUAAGGACCGUACGGAAAAAGUGCUGAAAGACCUUCUGCAGUCCAGACUACAGGAUGGCUCUGCUUACACCAUCGACUGGACCAGAGAACCACUGCCAGAUUUGAAGCCAAAGCAGUCUCGCUGGGAGCCGGUUCCUCAGCGUUCUCAGGAGAAUGCUAUUGGGAGAGGUGGAGCCACCCGUGGCAGGGGCGGGGCCAGGUUGGGUAACUACAGAAAUGUCUUUUCUCAAAGAAGCCCCUCUUCAAGCUCAUCCCACUCCUCAUCACGAUCCCCGUCACCUCACAGCCGACACAGGGACCGGAGUAGACAUCAUCGCAGUGACUCUGGCUCUCAGUCAGACAGCAGCAUGUCAAGUGAUCCUCGACUUCCACUGUCCCGGCGGCAACAAAAGGCUGGCCGAGGCCGUGGGGCAGAAAGGGAGCGAGGUAGAGGAGCUGCGGGAGAGAGAGGCAGAGGAAGAGGCAAAGCAAACAGAGGGCGGAGGAAUAUGGAAGACCUCUCCAGCGGUAUUGGUAAAAAGCGGAAAGGUGGUAACGCAGGGCUUGACUUUCAUGACCCAAAUCGUGAAGCGAAGAAGCAGAGCCGUGCAGCACGCUUCCACACUAAACUACGCACUGAGCCCCUAGUGUUAAACAUCAAUGUUUUUGACCUCCCCAAUGGCACUCAAGAGGGACUGAGUUGGGAUGAAUGCCCCAUAGUCGGCACCUGUCAGGACAUCACCAAAAACUACCUGCGCCUGACCUGUGCCCCUGACCCUGCAACCGUCAGACCUGUUUCUGUGUUGCGAAAGUCCCUGAUUGCUGUUCAAACUCAUUGGAAAUCCAAUCAGGAUUACUUGUACGCAUGUGAACAAAUGAAGUCAAUAAGACAGGAUCUCACUGUUCAAGGUGUGCGUACAGACUUCACUGUGGAGGUGUAUGAGACACAUGCUCGCAUUGCUCUGGAAAAGGGUGACCACGAGGAGUUCAACCAGUGCCAGACCCAGCUGAAGGCGCUGUAUAAAGACUGCCCAUCGGACAACGUGGGAGAAUUCACUUCCUACAGACUUAUCUACUACAUCUUUACUAAGAAUUCUGGAGACCUGACAACCGAGCUUGUGUACCUGACCCCUGAGCUCCGUGCUGAUCCGUGUGUAGCUCAUGCUCUUGAGCUCCGUACUGCCUGGGCGCUUGGAAACUUCCACCGGUUUUUCAGACUCUAUCAGAAUGCUCCACGUAUGGCUGCUUACCUUAUUGAUAAGUUUGUGGAGCGUGAAAGAAAUCUAGCGCUGAGGGCCAUUAUUAAAACGUUCAGGCCCUCUGUGCCGGUGGAGUAUGUGCAGUCCAGCUUGGCCUUCCCAGAUUUAGACUCAUGUUUAGCAUUUCUAACAGGGCUUGGGGUUACAUUCACUCCCUCUGACCCAAGCAAAAUAGACUGUAAAGUCAGCUCAGCCAGUCUUACAACCUCAUAGUAUGGGGAAAGGGUGGGGAGUGACCAGAGAAUUUUCAUUUAUAGAGCUUAAAAAGACUGUAGAUAAGGGACCAGAUAUCUACAUAGAUAGACACACUCAGAGUCUAGUGCUGAUCGUAUUUAUGAAAGAUAUCUAAAUUUUUAACUCUUGUAGAGUGAUGGACUUUCUGACGGAUGACACAUCCACACACAGGGACUUAGGUGCUAUAUUCAAGACCCAGUAUAACCUAUUCACACAGCCCAUUUAGUGAAGUAUCAGGCAAUCAAUUUACUUGCACACUAUCCCUUACACCAAUGGAAAAAAGGCAAAGAUCUGAUGGGGUAGGGUCAGCAGGUCAUGUCAGGUCCCACAUCACAGAGCUCAAAAAAGCAUUUAAGCUAACAGUGUUGUGUGUUCUCAUGUUUCUCUCCUCUCAAGCAAACAGCCGCAAAGCUCAAGACCUGAAACAUCAUGGUUAAUCCAGAAUAUAUUGUGAGCCAGUUUCCACCAACAGCGUACCAGGUCAUCAAGUCUGUAUGAAGGCUCCUUCUGCAAGGUUUUGGUCAUCAUUAAUGGACUUUAAAGCCAAGUGAGCUAUAGUGCAAUCCUUCAAGCAAGAAGAGGAUGGUUUGUAUUCCCUAUCUUUCUCUUUGCCUGAGAUGUCUUCAGUGAGUCACUGGUGGAGGUGUUCUGUUAGAUCUCCCGGCUCCCUUCAUCUCUAAGAUCCUAAUGCUGAUAGCAUGUAAUAUUUGGACUGAGCUAUAACAAGACAACCACCUUAAGAAAUGCAGAUUAGGCCCUGUUUUGCAUCAUAAGUUCCGCCCCCUUCCCACACAGUCUCUUCUCCCUCACCUGCACAUCAUCAACAGUCAAGAAGCUGGCCUUCAUUAGUUAUACAUACCCUCCUAAUCGUUCCUCGACACCCAGGAAGCACAGCUCAGUGACUCGAUCUUCUCUUUCACUUAUACCCCAGCUGUGAUCUGAAUAGGGCCAACCGUUUUAAAAGUCAUCCAAGUCCACUUACGGAAUUCAUUCACAAAUAGGUUUGACCACCGGCCUCUGAAGAGCGAAGUCCUCUACAAAGCAUCGCCCAGCAUAGAAGUUUCCUACGCCUAACAUGCAAUCAGUCGGCGAAGAAAAAGUCAUUCGGAAUGGAAAGCAAGCUCAGUUUUUCUUCACAGCAAGUUGGAGGCUGUCUCUUGUAUUCUCUCCAGAUGGUGAUCUUUACUAGUCACCUCACUCCUGCAAGGGCAUCCACUGUCUGGCUGGGGUUUGGAAACACAUGGGUUUGUAUGGCUCCUUAAGCUUUGGCCACGUCUACUGGUAAUGGCUGGUAAGAAGGACUUGAUGCUUU